CUAGAUAGCGUACUGAGGAAGAAGGAAAGUUCUUGCCUGCUGUGAUUGAGGCAAGACAUGGGAGAAAAUCAGGGACUCGAGAAGGCAAUUGAAAAAUUGGCUGAGCUCCUAACAGCCAAGGUAGGAGCUGCAGCAUCUCUAAAUAAUGCAAUUGUUCCUCACAUUGAGCCAAUUCAGAAAAUUGACUUGAUGCCAAAUGAAAUUAAGCUGGAAGGUGUUAAGAAUUAUUUGAGCUGGUCAAGAAGGGCGCUACUCAUCUUGAGGACUAAAGGGCUUGAGGGCUUUGUCAGUGGUGAGGCAGAGGAGCCAGGAGACAAGAAAACUUCAGAAUGGAGGACAUGGAGCAGUACCAACUCUUUGAUAGUGGCAUGGUUGUUGAACUCCUUGUCUCCAACCAUUGCCGCAACUGUUGAGACUAUCUCAACUGCUACUGAGGUAUGGAAAACCCUCUCAAAACUGUACUCAGGUGAAGGGAAUGUGAUGUUAAUAGCUGAAACAGAGGAGAGAGUUGGUGAACUCAGACAAGGGGAAAAUUCUGUGAUGGAGUAUGUUGCUGAACUGCAGCGUUUGUGGGCUGAUUUAGAUCACUAUGAUCCUCUGGAUUUGCCACAUGCAGAUUGCAUAGCAGCUGCUAGAAAAUGGAUUGAACGCAGACGAGUGAUGCAGUUUCUCAAAGGAUUGAACUCUGAAUUUGAGGCGAGACGUGCUACUUUAUUUCAUCAACCUACUCUACCUGCCUUAGAGGAUGCCAUAGCAGCAAUGGCACAGGAGGAGGUCCGAUUAAAGUUGAUGAAGAACAAUACAACGACUCCAUCUCAUCCAGCCUUCAUAGCAACCGACUAUAAGAGCAGAGAGUGCUUCAACUGCGGUGAGAAGGGUCAUUUGAUUCGUUCUUGCACGGCUCCACGUAGGAACAUGCGUGGAAGGGGGAGAGGAUAUAACCGAGGUGGAUUAAGGAGAGGCCGAGGCCGGGGAUACUCUGGUGGUCAAAGGGCAAAUGUGGCAGUCUCAGAAGAAGGAUCCUCACUCGCAACCCAAGAAGAAUCAAAGAAAAGAACAGAAAGCACAGGUGAUAAGGAUCAUGAGGAUUUUAGUUACAGCAACUUUGCUCACUUUGUAUCUACAGAUGAAGGUAAUUGUGCUCAUGCAUCUAUUCUCUCACAAAGAUCACAUCCUGAUUGGAUAUUAGAUUCGGGGGCAUCAAAGCAUGUUGCCGGCACAUCAAUGGAAUUUGAGUCAUAUAUUCCAUAUCCACCCACAUGAGAGGCAAACGGGGAAGAGGCUUGGGACUGGAACCAGGCGUAAUGGGCUAUGGUACAUGGAUCGCGAGGUGCCAAAUAAUGCGGUGUCUACGAUGUUAG